GCCCAUUUAGAUGAUCUCUAUGCAGAAUCGGCAGCCUAGCACUAGCUCUCACGCGCAUUAAAAAUUAUCACGCUGCUAGUCCAACUCACUGUUCAGAUGGGUCUUCUUGAAUGCAGCCUUUAUUACAACCUCACUGCUGCUUCCUACACUGAAGGAAUACCACAUCUUAAAGUCAGGAGAUCUUCUAUCUCCCUUCAUUAUCAUCAGGGGUCUUUCAACGACCCCAAAACUGUUACAAAGCACAGUGCUUUUUAACACUAAAGCUUCUAGAAAACCCAAACAAAAGACACGUCACUGGGUGACGUCAGCCUAUAUACAGUUCUGUGUGGUCGCAGCACAUAAGCAAAUCCAUUCUUGUGCCGUUUCUCGGAAAAGCUUUUCAGUAAAUGCACUCAUGCUGCUCCAGGAGCUCUUCUCUGCAACAAGCCGCCCAUCUGCCAUCAACAAGUUAAGACCGAGAGAGAACUAGCAGCUGUGGAGAGACAAGACUGAAGCUUUGAUGAUCAGCAGUAACCAGAAGAAGAGAAAAUUAGUAACUUAUAAUCAAAACUGAUUUGAGGGAUCAGAGCAUCACAGAAAAUGACACCAGUGCUUUCAAGAGGAAUAUCCUAAAGAAAAACCAACUCACCCUGGCGGAUUCAAUCUACUUGGGAAGCCUGGGACACAGAAAACAGGAAACUGGUCAAAGGCUCCUGCAUGUUAGAGCCUUUUACAGACUCACUGCGUAGAGUCUGAUAACCUCGACUGAAUGCAGCCUCCAAUGUGCUCAGAAGAAUGGGCUUACAUUUCAAGUGGCCAUUAGGGGCCCCUAUGCUGGCAGUAGUAUAUGCAAUGAGUAUGAUCUUAAAAAUGCUGCCUGCCCUGGGGAUGGCAUGUCCACCCAAAUGCCGCUGUGAGAAGCUGCUAUUCUACUGCGACUCUCAGGGCUUCCACUCAGUGCCAAAUGCCACAGACAAGGGCUCUCUGGGCCUGUCCCUGAGGCACAAUCACAUCACAGAGCUUGAAAGAGAUCAAUUUGCCAGCUUCAGUCAACUUACCUGGCUCCACUUAGAUCACAAUCAAAUUUCAACAGUAAAAGAAGAUGCUUUCCAAGGACUAUAUAAGCUUAAAGAAUUAAUCUUAAGUUCCAACAAAAUAUUUUACUUGCCAAACACCACUUUUACCCAACUGAUUAACCUGCAAAAUUUGGACCUGUCUUUUAAUCAGCUGUCAUCUCUGCACCCAGAGCUCUUCUAUGGCCUUCGGAAGCUGCAGACCUUGCAUUUACGUUCCAACUCCCUGCGGACUAUCCCAGUACGCCUGUUCUGGGACUGUCGUAGCCUGGAGUUUCUGGAUUUGAGCACAAACCGUUUGAGAAGUUUGGCUCGGAAUGGAUUUGCAGGAUUAAUCAAAUUAAAAGAGCUUCACCUAGAGCACAACCAGCUGACGAAGAUUAAUUUUGCUCACUUUCUCCGGCUAAGCAGUCUGCACACGCUCUUCUUACAAUGGAACAAAAUUAGCAACUUGACAUGUGGGAUGGAGUGGUCCUGGAGCACUUUAGAAAAGCUAGACCUGACUGGAAAUGAAAUCAAAGCCAUCGACUUGACAGUGUUUGAAACGAUGCCCAAUCUUAAAAUACUCCUCAUGGAUAACAACAAGUUAAACCGUCUUGAUUACAAAAUCUUAAACUCCCUGAGAUCCCUCACAACUAUUGGCCUCUCUGGCAAUCUGUGGGAAUGCAGCCCCCGAAUAUGUGCUCUUGCUUCCUGGCUGGGCAGUUUCCAAGGUCGGUGGGAGCAUUCCAUCCUAUGCCACAGUCCUGACCACACCCAAGGAGAGGAUAUUCUAGAUGCAGUCCAUGGAUUUCAGCUCUGCUGGAAUUUAUCAACCACUGUCACUGCCGUGGCUACAACUUACAGAGAUCCAACCACUGAAUAUACAAAAAGAAUAAGCUCAUCAAGUCACCAUGUGGGAGACAAAGAAAUUCCAACUACUGCAGUCAUAGCAGUUACUACAGAGGAACACUUUCCUGAACCAGACAAUGCCAUCUUUACUCAGCGGGUAAUUACGGGAACAAUGGCUUUAUUGUUUUCUUUCUUUUUUAUUAUUUUUAUAGUGUUCAUUUCCAGGAAGUGCUGUCCUCCCACUUUAAGAAGAAUUAGGCAGUGCUCAAUGAUUCAAAACCACAGGCAGCUCCGAUCCCAAACACGACUCCAUAUGUCAAACAUGUCAGACCAAGGACCAUAUAAUGAGUAUGAACCUACCCAUGAAGGACCCUUCAUCAUCAUUAAUGGUUAUGGACAGUGCAAGUGCCAGCAGCUGCCAUACAAAGAAUGUGAAGUAUAAUCUCUACCCAUCAUCAAAAAUCACAGCAGAUAAGUAACCUAUUUUACAUAGUAGGGGCUAAAUACAUAUCUAAUUUUUACCAAUGGUGACAUUAAGCCUAAUUUUCCAAACCAAGUGGAGACUUGAGUUUUUGAAGUGUUGAAUCAUUUUUAAUUUUUUAAAUGAAAUUAUAUUUUAAGUGUUAAAUGAAGCAAUGCUGACAUUAAUUUGCACUCUUGUUGAAAAGUCUAAAAAUGCUUACUUAAAAAGACAUUUCAUGUAUGUAAUUAUAUACUAUUGUGUGUAAACAUUUAUACUAAGGUCUCCAUAUGCUGUUUUUUUCUACUGAAAACAGUUCUGAAAGAAGCUAUUAAGCAGAAAUAGAUAGGGACCCAAACCUGUUUGAUCAUUGUUCUCCAUCUCACGUACUACAACUGGCUUCCUACUUAAAAGGAGAUAGCAAAGUUCUCUUGUAUAUUUGAUAUUUACUCAAACCUAUAUCUACUGCCAGUGUGAGAAGUAGACUUACAUGUAUGUUGAAGGCUGGUAAAUAUUAAAUACCCUUCUUCCAUUUUUGCCUGGGUUAAGAAACAUUAUCAAAGUACACAUUAUGAAAUCAGCACCCUUUAUGUAACUCUAAUAAGUUGGGUGAUUCUUCAAUAUAUUUCAACAAAGAAUCCAAGCAAUUAUAAAAAGGUCUCAUUAUAAUAAAUCAAUACUAAGUAAUUACACUGACUUCUUAUCACACAUUUCUAGUUUGACUUGUAAUGGACAUGAUAUUUUUGUGGCAUUUAGACUAUGGUUUUAAACUAAUAUUUAAUGACCAUUUUACUAAUUAACUUACUAAAUCCUAUGUGAAAAUUUAGAAAUUACUUGGGAGAGAAAAAGAGACAAUUUAACAAUCUGACAUAUUCCCUCCAGUUUGAAAAUCUACCCUGUCAUGAUCAAAGAUGCCCUGACAAAGGGGUUUAUACCUCUUCCUUCUGCCUUUUCCUGAUUUUCAAAUCUUUUAAAACUCAGAGACAAAUUAAAAAUAAUUGGCUAGCAACAGGCAUUAACACACUAGUUCUUGUUAUAAAGAAACCAUGAGGAGGAUAACUUUCAAAAUAUGAUGUGCUAAAUUUUGCUCUUUAAGGAUUCACAUUCACGUUGUUGGUUCCUUCUGAAACAGGACCAACAUAUUACUGAGGUGAAUCUUACUCGACAUGCCUAUGCAGCCACACAAAAGUACAUGGAAGGGAACACGAAGGUGAGGUGAUAAAAAGCAAAGAAAGAUUUUGAAACUUGACUUUCAGGUUAGCAAAGUUACUAGGCAGCAAAAAGUAAUUAUACAGAAUGUUCAGCAAACAAACAAGCCCCACAGAUCUGCACUGAAAGGGAAAGAGGGAGGUUCUUCAGUGUAAAUACGAACUCUCCAUAAUAACAAAUGAUAACAAUGCCACAUUUUUUUUCAUGCAGAAAAGAACCAUAAGUAUUCAAAUAUGAUUUCUAUUGGGGAACUAUGAUGUAUUUGAGAUUCACAUGCAAGUUACCAAUUCACACUGAAUUUUUCCACAAGAAAGGUUCCAUAUGUGUAGGAAAACUAUGAAAUUAGAGCACUAAUUUGAUUUUUGAAAAAUAAACAUUUUUACAAUUGUAGUAUAUAUGUGGGGGGUAAAACAAAUCCUUAGACAAAGUUACCACCAUAAAAAAAGAGAUGGACAACUUUUCCUUAGCAUGUACAUUUAACAUUAUAGUCUUCAUUCAAUGCAUAUUCUGUUCCCAAGACUGACUGGAAAAACACACAACUAUGGUUUAGCUCAAAAGAUUUAAUCUUAAUUUCUUUUCUUUUAGCACUGAAAAGAGUACCCGUAUUUCAAAGACAAUAUAUCUUAAUAAAAAACAGACAAGAUCACUAGUUUAGGUGAAAAUAUGUUGUUUGUUUUUUUUAAGGUGGGUAAAUUAGUUGGUCAAAGGCUCAAACAAGUUCACUUCAGCUGAUCUUGAGCAGUGAGCAUUUCAUCUCAUUGACAGAGGUUGCUUUUCUGGCAUAGAGGGAAACACACUGCUUCCCCAGAGGGGCUGCAUCAGAAGCAUUAUGGGCUAAAAAUUUACCAACUCAUUUACCAUGGUGACCACUGCCAUUUGUCAGGUGGUAGGCUGCUUGUUCACAACCCUGCUUCAAGUACCCAAGGUUCUUUCAGUCCUGAAGAGUAGGAGGAUAUUCAUCAUUUUAAACCACAACCAAAAUUAAUUCUAAAUGUGAGUAAAACGGUAAGAAAUAUUAGCUGGAAGUCUCUACAUUAAUCCUAACAGGUUUACUUAGUAAAGUGAACCAUCAAUUAGUGACUUCCUUAUUGUAUGUAGAAAAGCAAGCCAUCUAGUACUUCAGGAUAAGAGCAUUGCUGAGGUCACAAAAGCUUAUUUUUCAGUUAAAAAUACCUUUCCCUCAGAUUUUUGGUGAUUUUACUGAGACAAUGACAAUUGUCAUUUCCAGCCAGGUACCCUUCUCCUUUCUCAUUUACAGCACAAAUUUCACUUUUUCAUAUUCUAUAGAAAGCAGAGUUACAUUUAGUUGUUACGUAUUUGUACCCUGGUUUGAAAAUGAGACUCAGCCAUCUGUGCCAUCUUUAACAACUAUGGAACUGCAUCACAGCUACUCUGCAGUUCCUAAUCACAAAUGUGGAAGUUUUAUUUUCUGUGGGGUUUUAGCCUCCUCACUACCAUCCCACCUAUCCUUCUCCCUUAUUUUCAAGGUUAGAGGAAUAUGACCAUCAAAGACCAGAAAAUAACAUGACACCAUAUUUACCCAGGAAUUAAGAACCAGCUUGCAACUACUUUAAUUCAUUUCUAUGGCUUCUAGGGAAUCCAAUCUUAUCUUUCUGAAGAGAAUGGGUUGAUAAAUCUGCAAAUCCAAACACAAUUCUGAGAAUACUUACUGCCAACAUCAAAAAGCAAAGACACUAAUUUUUAUGCCAAAAAACUUGCAUCACAUACAAUUUCUUAAUGUGCCUAAAUUAAUAUCUGUACCAAGUCAAUGAAUGAAAUCAACUGAACUUCCAAACUCUAAUUACUAAAAUCUUUCUGCUUAUUAUAACACUAGUAACCAAAAGCUAGACUCCAUCUUUCCAAUAAAAAUAAGCCCUAGGUAGAACUAGUUUGAAUUGUAAAAUAUGAAACAGGCACAGUAUUUUUGUAAAUCAUACUUCCCAUAUAUAGCUAUCAGAGAGAAAAUGCUGUAAAUUCCCUGCGUUGUUCAUUUGUUUCUCUCUCUCUCUCUCUCUCCCCAUCUCCCCCCCCCAGUACCUCUCUCCCUCUGAAAUGUGGCUAUUAACAUCAAAUUUUUUUAAACAUCAAAUUUUUAAGGAUAUUUUUAACAGUCGACUUACAUGAUAAUUUUCCUAAUACAGUAAUACAGUGAUAAACCUAUCUCAAAAGUCUGUUUUGGGACACUCUUUUCAUACCCUCUGGGUAAAAGUGCUUGAACCACAGAAAGACAAAGACAAUAAGGCUAACCAUAGAUACUUAUAUAUUUAUCUAAGUUGGGGCAAACUCAUACUGCUUAAGUAAGGCCAAAAUCAAACAAACAAACAAACAAAAAAAGACUGUUUAAGCUUUCAUUCUUCUACUGCAAACCUUUGGAAACUUCUGCAACUCCUCCAACUAACCCUUUCUUUCUUGAGUUUUUGAAAACAAACAAACAAAAAGAACACUGAUAUAUGGAAUGUUUGGUGAAUAUAUACACUGAGACUGGAAGUUCAAAGUACAGUCCAACACAUCGUGUUCAAUCUCUUUAAGAGCCAUUUUCUGGGGGUGGGAAGUGGGUAUAUGGGCUGGGCAGGUAGGCAAAUACUAUUAUACAAGGAACCUUGGGGGAGGAUAACAAAAUACACUG